AUGUUUUCCUGCAGAUAUCAUUUCUUGACGGAGAAAGAGUGCACCACUGAAGGGGCAUUUCUCUCCAAAUUGGAUCUAGACAAAAACAAAACAGAUUUCAGUCAUACUCAAGUUGUUCCCCAACCACUGCAUGGACGAUUGCCCAGUACUGUGGGUUCACAGGAGUUCAGCCACAUCAACAGACGUGAGUGUUGAUUUUUUUUUUUUAAAGUACAUUCUAUCUAUUUACAAUAUGGGAGUGAUUAAAUUGGAUAACCAAGUCGCCAAGAUGUAUUUUUUAUUGUCUGUAAGAGACUCGCACUAAAUGAAUGAAAUACGAUUUGGUGUAACUUUAAGAAAUAUUUAAAAAAAAAUUUGACAGCAUUUUAAAGAUAUUUAAUUAAUAUUCUUUUGGGAAUAAACUAUCACAAUAAAUUUAAAAAACUGGACAAACAUACAUCGCCGCGUGUCUCAAAUCACCCUUAAAGUCUGCAUAAAGCCAGUUUAACUGUCUCAAGUCUCAACUGUUGAAACACACCUACAGUAGCUGAGUUUGAAAAGAAAUAAUUUUAUUGAUGAUUUAAACCAACCAGAAAAUUGGGGUGCUACAGAAAACAUUUGUCUUUUGAGAAUUACUUAAUGUUUGAUAUUUUAUUGUAAUAAAUUAAUAAAAUCUAAUUUGCAGGAGGAACAAGAUUAUACCCAAAACACCAGAAAAAUAUUAACAUUUGAAUUUUGUUUUUUCUCCUAUGCAUUUCAAAGUAUCAGAAUCAACCAUCAGUGGAAAAAAGUCAAGAAAUAUCAAACAACUUGAAUCCCCCUGGCAACCCUUAAGCCUGAACGCCUUGCACCAAUACAAGCAGCGGGUUGCUGCAGAUGGGAAUGUAGAGUUCCAGCAAGGGAGACCAAUGAUAUAG